AGCAUCUGAUUCAGCUUCUUUUAUUGAUCAAAACCUCAUCUUGUUUGGUGCAUCAAUAUAGGAGACAUAAGUAAUAGGUAUUGUAUUUGUAGGGAACAUAAUCAAUUUUACGUCCAGCUACUUUUGUUGUGGUCCAAUUUUUCAUCUCCAUGUUCUUUAUUUGUAAUGAUCUCGUGGCUUUUUCGCGUACUGUCGGGGUAGAUUUCCUCAAUUUGUUGCCCCUUUUUUGCAGGAUUUGUUCAAAAUUUCUAUUAUAGUGUUCUCCUUUCUCAUUUAAUGGUGUUCGAACACCCGAUUUCGUGUCUCGUAGUAGUAAGCAAUACUCGGAGUAUUAUCACAGUUGCUGUGAUCUUGUUGUGUCUAUGAGGAUCUCCCUAGAGUGCCGUCCGACGAAUGUUUUAGUAAUCUCUUCCUCAGCAUCAUUUCCGAGCUGAUAAUCGAUAACUAUAUACACGCUAGUUUCGAUCCGGCGUUGCAGAAUCUGAUCGCGCCUGUUCUUAUUGCCUAUUAUGAUGGGUGGCCUCUUAAUGGAGGGCAUGGUUUAUUCUGGAGCCCAUAAGUUCGUGCAACUCAUGCCCGCUACGGACGAGAAGAACCUAGGUUACAACGCCCUCAUCACUCAACCUCCCGUGGGCGAAUGCAUCAUGGGCGCCGGGGAUCUCGUGGACGCCCAGCCAGAUAACUAUCCAGACGGUGCUGAUGAGGAGAGCGAUGAGGACAUCGACAUCGAGGAGCUCGAGCGGCGGAUGUGGCGGGAUCGGAUGCGGCUGAAGCGGUUGAAGGAGCAGCAGCAGAGCAAGAGCAAGGAUCAAGGCGACGCGUCGAAGCAGCGGCAGUCGCAGGAGCAGGCGCGCCGCAAGAAGAUGUCGCGGGCUCAGGACGGGAUCUUGAAGUAUAUGUUGAAGAUGAUGGAGGUGUGCAAGGCCCAGGGAUUCGUGUACGGCAUAAUUCCCGAGAAGGGCAAGCCGGUCAGUGGCGCCUCUGAUAAUUUGAGGGGUUGGUGGAAGGAGAAGGUCCGGUUCGACAGAAACGGGCCGGCGGCUAUUGCGAAGUACCAGGCCGACAAUGCCAUUCCCGGUUCGAGCAACGAGGUGAACUCGGGGACCGUGAGCCCCCAUUCGCUUCAGGAGCUUCAAGAUACUACAUUGGGCUCGCUUUUAUCCGCUCUCAUGCAACACUGCGACCCCCCGCAACGGCGGUUCCCUCUUGAGAAGGGGAUUGCCCCGCCGUGGUGGCCUACGGGCACGGAAGAGUGGUGGGCCCAAUUGGGUAUCCCCAAAGACCAAGGCCCGCCCCCCUACAAGAAGCCCCAUGAUUUGAAGAAGGCGUGGAAGGUCAGCGUCCUCACCGCGGUGAUCAAACACAUGUCUCCCGACAUAGAAAAGAUCCGACGGCUCGUGAGGCAGUCCAAGUGUCUCCAAGACAAGAUGACGGCGAAGGAGAGCGCCACGUGGCUGGCCGUGAUCAAGCAGGAGGAGGAGCUUUUCAUGAAGCUCCACCCCGACGCGUGCCCGCCCCCUGCCGCCAUCACAGGCGCGGCCUUCUCGUUCAAUAGCAGCUCUAGUGAGUACGACGUUGAGGGCGUUGAUGACGACAAAAGCGAGAACUUCGUUGAAAACAAAGCUGCUAAUGACGGAAUUAACGCCUUCAACUCGGGUUCUGCUAUUGGUCCGAUGAAGGAAGAGAACGAGAUAGAAUUUAUUCAGAAAAGAGGCUCCGGCGAGCCCGAGUUGGUUCUCAACGACCGCAUCUAUACCUGCGCCAAUUUGGAGUGCCCGCAGAGCGAUCUCCGCUUUGGUUUUCUCGACAAGAAUGUGAGGAACAGUCAUCAGUUCAUCUGUAAGUACCAGAAUGGUUUCACUCAAGGCAUUGGAAUUCAAUUGACUGAGAAUAAACCCUCCAUUUUCCCUAUGCCGUCCUACAAUAAUCCUCAGAAUCCGAUUCAGAACCAGAUUGGGUCAAGCUCGAAUCCAGUCGAUAUCACCGCGUUCAAUAUUCCCACUGACGGACAGAGAUCGAUCAACGAACUGAUGAAUCUUUAUGACAGUAAUGUUAGUCCUAACAGGAACUCGAAUAAGGGUGGUAUGAACACGCUCGACGGGUGUAAUUCUUUUCCGCCGAAAGUUCAGAUGGAGGACAACUACUUCGGGCAGGGGAAUAACAUCGGCGGCGGAAUGUUUGACGAAGUGAAUAACAUAAUGCAGCAGCCACAGUUCUUUAUCCGAGAGAAUGUAAUCCCGCAACUCGAGCAACAAUUCGCAAACCAGCCUAAUGAGAUGAACUCUACCGACUUAAGAUUUAGCUCCGCUUUCAACAUGCCUUCGAUGGAUUAUGCCGAAGCAUUGCAGAGAGGAAUCGAAGAGCCCUUUCAGAAGCAUAACGGACCGAACUGGUUCUACUGAAAAAGAUCCGAACGCAGAGUCGAAUCUCCGUUACUUUGGGCUCAGGUGAUCGGUCUCUCUCUCUCUCUCUCUCUCUCUCUCUCUCUCUCUCUCUCUCUCUGCAGUGUAGUUGUAGUUCCUUUCUCUUUUGUCUUUUACUGUCGGGAACAUAUGUUUAUGUUUCAGAUUAGACUUUGGUAAAGGAGUAGGUUUGUAUGGCUUGCGUUUGCUGCGAGGGAUGAUGAAUGGGUCGUUUGUAUUGAUCCUCGUCCCGCCGGUCGAAAUAUUUAUAUAACUAUGAUGUUUAAACUUCCUAUAGGGGUUAAUAAAUAUAUAGUUUAACUUCUAUUUGAAUUUUGUAAGCAAUUUGGGUUUGUUUGUUUCCGCCUUUAUUUAGC